CGGACGGACGCGGACACACGCACCGCACAGCGCGCCCGCGCGAGGCCGAGACACGCCCGCGCCCGCCGUCCCCGGCGCCGCCCCCAACCCCCGAGGACCCGAUCCUCUCUGCGCCCCGCGAUCGCCCGCCGCCCGCGCCGCAGUCGCCAACCCGUUCGCGCCGGCAUGCGCCCCAGCAGCUAGAAGGAAGCAGCCCAGGAAGCGCCCCGCGCGCACCCGCCCGCCCCCGCGCGCUCCCGUUCGUCCCCGCGGGGCGCCCCCAGCCCACGCCCCCCCACCUUCCCGGCGGUGGGGGGGUGCGGGCCCUCCGCGGGGGCCCCGCCGGCCCGGCCCCACGCCAGCCGCGAUCGCGCGCGCGGCCCCCGCCCCGGCGCGGCCAUGGAUGUGACGAGCAGCUCGGGCGGCGGCGACCCCCGGCAGAUCGAGGAGACCAAGCCGCUGCUAGGGAGCGACGUGUCGGGCCCCGAGGGCACCAAGGUGAUGGGCGCCGUGCCUUGCCGCCGGGCCCUGCUGCUGUGCAACGGGAUGAGGUACAAGCUGCUGCAGGAGGGCGACAUUCAGGUCUGUGUCAUCCGGCACCCUCGGACCUUUCUCAGCAAGAUCCUCACCUCCAAAUUUCUGAGGCGCUGGGAGCCGCACCACCUAACGCUGGCCGACAACAGCUUGGCAUCCGCCACGCCGUCCGGGUACAUGGAAAACUCGGUCUCGUACAGCGCCAUUGAAGAUGUUCAGCCGCUGUCCUGGGAGAAUGCCCCGAAGUACUGUUUACAGCUCACCAUCCCUGGGGGGACCGUCCUGCUGCAGGCUGCCAACAGCUACCUGCGAGAUCAGUGGUUCCAUUCUCUGCAGUGGAAGAAAAAGAUUUACAAAUACAAGAAAGUCCUGAGUAACCCGAGCCGCUGGGAGGUUGUCUUGAAGGAGAUACGGACACUGGUGGACAUGGCCCUCACGUCCCCACUCCAGGAUGAUUCCAUCAACCAGGCGCCACUGGAAAUCGUCUCAAAACUGCUCUCGGAGAACACAAACCUGACCACUCAGGAGCACGAGAACAUCAUUGUGGCAAUCGCACCUCUGCUGGAAAACAACCACCCACCACCAGAUCUCUGUGAAUUCUUCUGCAAGCACUGCAGAGAGCGGCCCCGGUCCAUGGUGGUCAUCGAGGUGUUCACACCGGUGGUUCAGAGGAUCCUCAAGCAUAACAUGGACUUCGGGAAGUGCCCACGGCUGAGGCUCUUCACCCAGGAGUACAUCCUCGCCCUGAAUGAGCUCAAUGCAGGCAUGGAGGUGGUAAAGAAGUUCAUUCAAAGCAUGCAUGGCCCCACAGGGCACUGCCCACAUCCCCGGGUCCUGCCCAACCUUGUGGCUGUGUGCCUGGCUGCCAUCUACUCCUGCUACGAGGAGUUCAUCAACAGCCGCGACAACUCCCCCAGUCUGAAGGAGAUUCGGAACGGCUGCCAGCAGCCGUGUGACCGGAAGCCCACCUUACCUCUGCGCCUGCUGCACCCCAGCCCAGACCUGGUGUCUCAGGAAGCCACGCUGUCCGAGCCACGGCUCAAGUCGGUGGUCGUGGCCUCCAGCGAGGUCCACGUGGAGGUGGAGCGCACCAGCACUGCCAAGCCGGCACUGACGGCCAGCACGGGCAACGACAGUGAGCCCAACCUCAUCGACUGCCUCAUGGUGAGCCCAGCAUGCGGCACCAUGAGCAUCGAGCUGGGCCCCCAGGCCGGCCGCACACUCGGCUGCCACGUGGAGAUCCUCAAGCUGCUGUCUGAUUAUGAUGACUGGAGACCAUCUCUGGCCAGCUUGCUUCAACCCAUUCCAUUCCCCAAAGAAGCUCUCGCACACGAGAAGUUCACCAAGGAACUGAAGUAUGUGAUUCAGAGGUUUGCAGAGGAUCCAAGACAGGAGGUCCACUCGUGCCUGCUGAGCGUGCGGGCCGGCAAGGAUGGCUGGUUCCAGCUCUACAGCCCUGGAGGGGUGGCCUGUGAUGAUGACGGAGAGCUCUUUGCCAGCAUGGUGCACAUCCUCAUGGGCUCCUGUUACAAGACCAAAAAGUUUCUGCUCUCGCUGGCGGAAAACAAGCUGGGCCCCUGUAUGCUCCUGGCGCUGAGAGGGAACCAGACCAUGGCGGAGAUCCUGUGCUUGAUGCUGGAAUACAACAUCAUCGACAACAAUGAUACCCAACUGCAGAUCAUCUCCACGCUGGAGAGCACGGAUGUGGGCAAACGCAUGUACGAGCAGCUGUGUGACCGGCAGCGGGAGCUGAAGGAGCUGCAAAGGAAAGGCGGGCCCACCAGGCUAACACUGCCCUCCAAGUCCACGGAUGCGGACCUGGCCCGCCUGCUGAGCUCUGGCUCCUUUGGAAACCUGGAGAACCUCAGCUUGGCCUUCACCAACGUCACCAGUGCCUGCGCCGAGCACCUCAUCAAACUGCCUUCUCUCAAGCAGCUCAAUCUGUGGUCCACGCAGUUUGGAGACGCCGGCCUGCGGCUCCUGUCGGAACACCUCACUAUGCUCCAGGUGCUGAACCUGUGUGAGACCCCAGUCACCGACGCCGGCCUGCUGGCCCUCAGCUCCAUGAAGAGUCUUUGCAGUUUAAAUAUGAACAGCACCAAGCUCUCGGCUGAUACCUAUGAGGAUCUGAAGGCCAAACUUCCUAAUCUGAAGGAGGUGGAUGUCCGCUACACGGAAGCCUGGUGAAGCCCCCUGUGUGCACAGGAUGGCGUCGCACAAAAUAAAACGACUCUUGACUAAUAGCCGUAGAGCAGUGGGUCCCAGGGUGGCCCCAGCACCUGGCUGUGGGUUAGAUGGGGGAAGUCUUGGGGGGGCGGAGGGGGGGAGGGGUGGGGGAUCCUCAGCACGCCCAGCCCCCGCCUAAUUCUUAGAGCUUCAUAUCGGAACCUUUGACUUUGAUCAAAAGCGGCCUUGGUGGCAACGAGAGGAGGAAGAGCGGGUAGGGGGAGGGCAGGGGAGGGGCGGGCGGGGAUCCCUGUGUGGAUUUUCUUUGCCUUUGUUGUGUGAUGCCAUGUGUGGGGGCAUCCAUCCAGCCUGAUGCCAUCGACUCGGGCCAGAAGGAGGACGCGUUUUUCUUCCUGGAGGUGCACCGAGCCGAGAUCUCGCCCCUGCCGUUGGGACAGGAAUACCCAGUCAUGUCAUCCAUCGUCCUGUGUCCCCACCAUCGCUAUGCAAAGUGGUUCUUGUACAUAAGAUUUAAAUAACGCACCUAUUUAAGAAAUGUUGACAAAUUGCGGGUCUGGGACCCGCUCUUAUUUAUGAAGUCUUUGACCAGCCCUCCCCCCCCCUCCUGCCCCCCUGGCGUGUAGUACUGUCUGGACCAGUCAGCUGUCGGGUUAGUGCUAGUAGUUUUGGUUUUGGUUUUUAAAGGAAACAAACAAACAAACAAAACAACAGAGGAAAAAAAAAAGGCCUUUGGAAAAUUAAUUGCUUUUUUUUUUCCUUAAUGAACUCUUGUAUGCUAAUGCUCUCCCGUCAGACUGCCCACCUGCUACUCUGUAUUAUUUCCAGAUGUUUCCAGCUUCCUCGUGGGUGGGGGUCAAACUGGGGGAGGAGGAGAAAGGAGUUUAGGGUCUCCAUACUGUAGCUCACUCCUCCGCUCUGCUGCUUCUGUAAAUCUGGAAGGGUCCCAACCUUUCCUCCCUGUAUACCCCAUAGAAGAGUUGGUCCUCCAAGGUCCUGCUGCCGUCCCCACCCCUCUUUAGCGGUCCCUGUCCCCUGCUGAGACUUGCGACCUGUGGCCUCCCCACCCCGUGGUUCCCUCACGCAUGCCCCAUGCCCACCUCUCUGCAUGGUCUCUUGGGAGAGAAGAGCUAUGUCACCCAGCCAGCCUGACCCGACCGUCCACACCUCCUCCUCCCCACUAAUGUGAUCACUGCGGCAUCCCCUCACCCGUGUGCGGCCCCCCCCUUUCCCUCUCCCCCCGCCCCCGAGGCAGACCAACCUCAUUUCUUUUUACAGACAUUUGGCUUUUUCUUACCAAGCCCUCACUGUACAGAUCAGCCCUUUGACAAAUUCAUUUGGGGUCCCCCCUCCCUCUUCCCCUUUUUUCUGUUCGUUUAGCACAAAUACGUCCCCUCCCUGGCACCUCCCAACCAAACCCACCAGUCGACGUUCAUUGUUUUAUAUCUAUUUAAUCUUAUUCGAUGGAAACCACGCUUCAGUUGUUUUAUACUUUGCCAGGUAGGACUUUAUUACCCCCCCCCAAACUACGCCCUCAUUUUUUUAAAAAAGGGAAAAAAAACCACACACAAAAAAAAAAACACAAAAACAAACAAACAAAAAAAAAACAGAGACUUUGGGUUUCAGUCUCAGUCUUAAUUCUCUUUCUGUGGCAGGUUUUCUUUCGUGCGUGUGCCCGUGUGUGUGUGGAGUGAGUUCUGUUUUGUGUUUGUUUCUCUGUUGAUUUCUUCGGUUGUUGUUGCUUUCUUCUCCCAACUCUCCAACCCCGGUUCCGAACUUCACAGCACCCUGGUGCAGAGAGACGCAGAAGCAGAAUAAAUAAAUAAAUAAAAAGGAAAAAAAAAAAACCAAAA